GAAAUUAGUUGUUUUUUUUUAACUGUUUUUCUUUAAUUAAAAGUAUUCGAGUCGAAGCAAGGGAAUGUGUUCUCCAUAAAAAUGCUACUGGUUAUUUGCUUCGCUUUUGUCAAACUUUCUGUGAUAUUGUCAACAGUCAACGGUUUGCCUAGCCUGUAUCCGUACGGUCCAAAUGAGGGCGACGCUGAACUAUCAAAUCAACAUGAAGUUCUUGCACUUUCAAAGUCUAUGCUUUUGUUUUCGAAAAUGCGCAAUAGAAUUCAUGUCAGUUCUAAAGGUGUGUUGUCAAUUGACUCGGCUGUCAACGUAGCUAACAUCACUCUAUCUGGAAAAAUAACAUUACUUGCGGUAUACAACCAAGAUUUCGAUACUAGUCUUGGUGGGAAGAUUUACUAUCGAGAAAGUUUAGAAGAGAGUAUUUUAUCGCGAGCUAAUCGUGAUGUUGCCAGAACUCAUGUCACAAAUUUCACCGCAACACAGAGUGUCGUCGUAACGUAUGUCGAUGUUACGACAUUGCUCGCAACAAACGAAACAAACACGUUUCAGGUUGUGUUAGCUUCAGACGGUUAUGACACAUAUGCUAUAAUGACAUAUCAUCGUCUUGAAAUUUUGUCCGGAUUAGUUGGUUAUUCAGAGCUAAACUGUGAUUGGGCUGAAUUCGCAUCGCGAGAGAUAAGCGUAAAACUUUCUUCCACAUCAAACAUUGAGCAGACCGGUGUGCACGUGUUUCCGCUGACAACAAAGAACUGUUCCUCUGUCGAGUUAUAUCCAUACGGCGUGACACAUGGUGACAAAGAAAUGCAAAGAGGUGACAAUUAUGCUGAAAUGUUCUUUUUUGAGAAACCCAUGCUGCUGUUUUCAAAUACAUCAAAUCAUAUUUUUGUCAGUACCAAUGGAUUACUAUCCGUUAACAAAAGCGUUACCUCAUCUGUUUCCUUUCCGUACCACCAUACAGUUUUAGCUCCAUAUCACUUGAACUUUAAUUCACUCAAAGGUGGGGCAAUUUACUAUCGAGAAAGUUACGACAACGAACUACUCAAGCGCGCUGAUGCAGACAUAGCAAAAUACUCUUCAGAAAAUUUUAUCGCUACGCAAGCCUUUGUGGUGAGUUACAUUGAUGUUGUGCCGGAAAAUUUAACCAGCGAUAAACACACUUUUCAAGUGAUUCUCGCCUCAAAUGGCAGUGUUACUUAUGGUAUAUUCAACUACCAAAAAUUAAGCCAAUCAUAUGCUGUAACUGGUGCCUCAGAGCAACUUUGCUCCUGGAUGACUUUCUCGAAAUCUUAUGGUGAUGAUCCUUCGAAAAGUAAUUACUUAGUUGAUCAAUCAAAUAUCGGUAUCCAAGGAAGAUUUGUGUUUGAGUUAACAAGUCAAGACUGUGAAACUAGAGAAAAAUGGGAAACAGAUUUACCAUCAGAUCUAGAAAUCACUCGAUUGGGUUAUGACUUUGUUGAAAUCAAAUGGAGCCACUACCCAUCUGCAGCAGAUAUGUGGAUUCGUACUCAUAGUUAUUUUUACGUCGUUGUGGUUACUUCCUAUGGUGACUGGAAAUCAAGGACCUACCAACUGAAUUCUGAAUAUGCACGGAUUGAAGACUUAAAACAGAAGCGUGUCUAUCAAAUUGAAGUGUAUACUCAACGAAGCCAACUUCUUUUCUUACCAGGACUACCCGUGACGUUACCCAGAGUUUCUCCUGUAAUUUUUGAACCUGUCUAUGACGUCAAAAUAACGCAGGUUAAAUCUCAAGGAUUAUUUCAAUGGGUGACACCAGCAAGUUUGCUGCAAGAUUAUGUUGGCGCUAAAAUUGUUAUCAAACAUACAUACGAAGAAUUUGGCGAACCUGUUACAACAACUGUAUCGUCUUCAGUUUGCGACAAGCAGUAUGUAUUUAACGGAACUAUCGGCUCCGUGCAUCAGAUAGAAGCAACUCCAGUGAUCGACGAUGUUUCUGGACCAUCUGAAAAUGAUACGCACACUUUCUAUGACGAUAGUAAGCCCAGUGAUAAUACUGAACAGACUAUCAUUAUCAUCGUCUCCUCUGUCGCAGCUGUAUUGGUAGCUGUAUUAUUGGCUGUGUUUGCGUGGUAUCAGAAAGUUCAAAAUAAAAGAAUGAAUGCCUUUUUAAUGACCAGAGGAAGCACUAAGCUUGAUCCAGACAAAACCAUAUUAGAGCAAUGCAAUAACCUAGUCUACGACAUGAAGUUUGAAUUUUCGCGCAAGAAACUUAUACUUGUGCGUGUACUCGGCGAAGGAGCGUUCGGUCAAGUUUGGAUGGCUACUGCAGAGGGAAUCGAGCACUUCAAACCGAGAAACACAAGGAGAACUAGAAGCAUAUUCAAAAAGUUGAUUCCAAAGACAAACAAGAAAACUGUUGUGGCUGUGAAAGCACUGAAGGGAAAUGCUACUGAAAACGAGUAUAAAGAUUUGGCAAACGAGUUAAAACUUCUCAUCCACCUUGGCGAACAUCGUAAUGUUGUCAACUUGCUUGGUGCUUGCACACGCAGUAAUACUCUUCUCGUCAUCCUGGAGUACUGCGCAAAAGGAGCACUUCUCAAUCACUUGAGAUUAAAUCGGGAUGAUUUUGAACCAAUUUGGCAACGACAAGAUGAUGGGAAUUUGUCACUCUACGAUUUGACGUGGAUUUCUGUACAAAUUUCUGAUGGAAUGGAUUUCUUGGAAUCAAAACAGUGCGUUCAUCGUGAUUUAGCUGCACGGAAUAUUUUGCUCACUGAUAACAUGGAUGUGAAGAUAUCAGAUUUUGGUUUGGCGAGAGAUACUGAUAAUAAAAGUUUUUACCUCAAAGAAAGUGAUGGUCUGCUACCAAUUAAGUGGAUGGCUCCUGAGGCGAUCAAUGAGCAAAAGUACACGUCCAAAAGUGAUUCCUGGUCUUUUGGUGUAUUACUGUGGGAGAUUUACAGUCUUGGUUCAUCACCUUAUCCAGGAAUUAAAAAUGCCGCCAUUAUGGAUUAUCUAAAAGCAGGAAAACGAAUGGGAAAACCGAAAUUUUGCCCAACUGAUGUUUAUGAGAUUAUGAAUCAGUGUUGGUCAGCACCGCCUGAUAUGCGGCCAUCUUUUAUUGAUAUACGAAAUAAGUUGGAUCGUAUACUGAUCACAAAUGAAAAAAGUUUCUUUGGUGGACAAUCUAUGGCAAGAGUGUAUAAUAUUGGUCCAUCUUCGGGUAAAGUUUCGGAUGGUGUUGGCGAGGGUUUGUCUCCGUUUGCAUUCAUGGAAUCCGAUGAGACUGUUACUCAUAUGAAUGUUAUCGAGAAUUUCGAUACAAGAAAGGCGCCAAACGUGAAUGACGAUUCUGCCGGUAAUAACUACACCCGCGUGCAGCGUGAUAACAUUCCUUUCGAAGAUCAAGAUUACGUUGCAUUGCAACCUGCAGAAAAUGAAGAUUAUUUUGCCUUUGAGGUUGAACAUAAAGAACAUGAAGAAGGUGACAUGAAAAAAGAAGAUGACCGAAAAGAAUAUAUAGAAAAAACAAAAGAGCCGGAGGACGAAGGAUAUGCUGAGGAGUUAGAAGGCGAGGAAAUGUUUCAAGAACCGGCAGACGGUGAAUACGUCGUUUUCAAAUCGAACGGUAACGAGAAAAUUGAAGAUAGCGAUGAAGGUCCUGUGAAACCCAAGAUAGAAAAUGAUAAAUCUACAAAGAAGGAAUUCAGUAAAACUACAACAGAUGAUCGAUGUCUUAUAGAGACGAACAACGAGGUCGAAAAGCCAGAAGAUAAUACCCGAGAGUUAAACAUGAUCAUCCAGAAUUCGGAAGACACUCUUCAAAGUUCCAAUGACAAUAUCAAAAAUUCAAUGAACAACAACAGAGAUACAGGCAGCAGUAGCGAAUGCGACAGCGACGUUAAAAAAUUAAAUGAAAUUAAUCAGGAUCCGCAUGGCAAAGUCUCAGACAACAAACCAGAUUCCCAAAAUCCAGAUUCCACUAUCCAUAGUAUUAGCAACACAACAGAGACCGCUAAAUCUCCUGUCAAUUGAAGUUGAGAAGAAAAUAUGCAGUAAUGUAAAUGACACUGGCACCAGCUUCGUCUCCUGUCUCCCUUGUCUUAUCGUGGAGAUUGUGUUGGCGAGAAACCCUGGAGACAAAGGUUAAACUUGCACAUUUUUGCCCUCCUUAUGCCAUUUGUUAUUGACUUAUUGAUUUAGUUAAAAUAAACAACAUGUUUUGGGUUGAUGUUGACAAAAUAUGUCCUAAUAAUAAAAUACUAUAAUAUUUUCUAAAAAAACUGAUCCAUUUUAACUAUUAUUAUUCCCAGAAGAAAUUUAAAAAAAGCGUGAUCAGCUUUAUAGCUAAAGGUCGGUUUCCAUUAACAAAAAAAGUGUUGAGCAAUAGUCGCCGUUACGACUUUAUUGGAAACACAUGUCGUACAACAAAGCAAUGCAGGAGAAGUUGCACAACAAAUGUUGCAGAGAAUGGUAAUGUAAUGGAGACCGAUCUUAAGCACACAAAAAAAGAAAACGGCUUAAAAAUAACUUUGUUCCCUUGUCUUUACAUUUCUCACUGAGGGUUCUAGAUCGUUUGGGGUAAGAUAUUGCACACCAUGUAAAAAAUGCUUUUUGAAAGAAUAAAAUUUCAACUUCUGUGG